CCCUCGCUGCCCUUUGCACCAAUUCACUGUAGAUGCAACUCUCACAUUGCACAUCAGCGACACGCUCAGCCGUGUCCGCUGCGCAGCACGUCGCGACCUCCUGCGCUCGGCUCAAGGUCCUGCUGGCGCACACCGGGCACGUCGACACAGUCCGGACGCCCGCGGGGCGCUGCCUGAGGAUGGCGAGCACUGCCACAACACCUGCUGGAGGCAGCGGGCUAGCCAGCACUGAUGAUGCCGCGGUCAUGUCUCGCUUCCGGGAACUGGUCCCGCAACUGGGCGGCAACUACAAGGGCGCGCACGGCAAGGUGGCGGUGAUUGGCGGCUGCCUGGAGUUCACGGGGGCGCCCUUCUUCGCGGCCAUGUCGGCGCUGAGGGUGGGCGCGGACAUGGCUUACGUCAUCUGCACGCCCUCUGCUGCUACAGCCAUCAAGAGCUACAGCCCUGAGCUCAUGGUGCUGCCGUACCUGCACGAGGCGGCGGCGGCGGCGGCUUGGCCCGGGGGCGCAGGCGAGGACAAGGUGGACAUGGUGGCGGUGAGCCGCGCCGUGGACCGCAUCCUGCCCUGGCUGCAGCGCGCCACCGCAGUGGUGGUGGGCCCGGGCCUUGGGGACGACCCCGCGGUAUGUGAGGCGGGGGCCGCGCUGCUGCAUCACGCCCGCGCGCUGGGUCUGCCGGUGGUGAUCGACGGCAGCGCGCUCACCCAUAUCAUUGCGCAGCGGCCCGAGUACGCGGUGGGCUACUCCAACUGCGUGCUGACGCCCAACGUGGCGGAGCUGGGCCGCAUUGGCGCGGCGGUGGGCGUGCACCUGCCGGGCCGCAUGUCGGACGCCUGGCAGGUGCACGCGCCCAGCAUCGCACAGGCGUUCGGCGGGCCGGUGGUGGUCGCCAAGGGGCCGACGGACCUGAUCUGCGUCCCUUCGUCGCCUCCACACGCGGCCGCUGAUGCAGCGGCCGCCUCGCCCUCGCCCUCGCCCUCAACCUCGGGUCAGGAGCUGCGACCGCUGCUUGAGUGCAAAGACCCUGGGGCACUGCGUCGGUGUGGAGGGCAGGGCGACGUGUUGGCAGGAACCAUCGCCGCCUUCCUCUGUUGGGCGGUCAAGCAACAAGGCGGUAGCAAAGCCAGUGCUGCGCAGAGCAGCGGUGUCAGACCCAGCAGCACCUCAACCACCACCACCAGCGGGGGAGGUCUGGAACCCGGCACCACCGCGAUGUGUGUGUAUGCGGCGUGCAAGGUGAUGCGGGGUGCGGCGGCCGAGGCCUACCGCGUGCAGGAGCGGUCGCUGCUGGCGGGCGACAUCAUCCCACACCUGUACCCCACUUUUCGGAGGGUGGUGGGCGGACCCUGAUACUGCAGUGUGGAUGGUACGGCAGAUGCCAUGCACCCCUGCCAUGCCACAUUCAUAUGUGGUUCUAUUGCAGAGCGCCCCCACGCCGGAGACUGCCCGCCCCCCGUGACCAGAGCAUGUGGUCCCUGAGCAUGUGGUCCCUGAGCUGCAUGCGUGAGUUGAACCAGGUUGAAUGCCUUGGCAUUGGCGGUGGGACUGGAACGGUGUUUGUAAGAUCGGCCGGUGGACGGCUAGAGGACUUGGAACCUGCCGACGUGUGUCCCACAGGGAAACGACUCAGAGGGGUUGCGUCCCUGCAGCUUCGGGAAAUGGAGCGAUGGAUGCACAAAGACUUGUCGCAGUUCACUUGUGGGGGCCGGCAGUAGAAAUGCGCGCAGCGCCUUGCUGAAUGCGUGCAGGUGCGCGCGACACCUGCUAGCCCUCCUGCACGGCAUUGUGUGUUGUCUGUGGCAUGUGGCCUGGCGGCCCUGGCCGGCCGACCCGGAGAACAA